GCUGAGCUUUGCAGGCGGCAGAGCUGAUUCCUGACUGUAUGCAAAGCUGUCGGAACAUGUUCGUCUAUUUGGUUUUCUGAAGUUGCUUACGUUCAGUAGCACCGCUUGUGUUUUGGUUCGGGUUGUCUUCGUUUUUGGGUGAUCAUGCCUAAUAGAGAUCCUGCCGCCAAGUACCGGAUUGUCAGCAAGAGGAGAUGGUUUCCUCAAGAUCAGGAGCCUUCGGAGCGAGGUGCCUGUCACAGGACCCCGGAUGAGCCGAAGAACAAAAGUAAGGAGGCCAAAGAGGCGGUGUCUGCAAUCCGAUGUAUCCUACCGCCGACACGAUACAACACUUCUGCCAUUCCCGGCAACUCCAAGGACAAGGACAAAGUGCCUCAGCCAGUCCUCAGCGAGGAAAAAGACAUGGCUGUGGCCCGAGUUGCGCCGCCGACACGACUAAACACGGCGAUUCCCUGCCGCACACUGCCAGAGGCCAAGGAAAAACCCAAGGACAAGGGGGUUCAGUCAGUCCUCAGGGAAGAGAAAGACAAGGCUGUGGCCCGAGUUGCACCACCGACACGAUUCGACACUGCCGAGGCCAGGGACAAAACCAAGGACAAUGUGGUCCAGCAGACCCAGAGAGAGGACAGGACCAAAAAGCCGGAGAAGAAGGACGAGAAGGCUGCCCCACCGAAACCACUCAACACUGGAACCGUCCGGCGCGCCAGUGAACAGAAGGAAGCCAAGGCCAAAAAGAAAGCUGCUCCUCCAAGACAACUCGACACCUGCCGCUCACAGCCAGAAGCAAAGGACAAGGUGGUCCAGGCCAAAAAGCCGGAAAAGAAGGACGAGAAGGCUGCCCCAACGAAACCACUCAACACUGGAACCGUCCGGCGCGCCAGUGAGCAGAAGGAAGCCAAGGCCAAAAAGAAAGCUGCUCCUCCAAGACGACUCGACACCUGCCGCUCACAGCCAGAAGCAAAGGACAAGGUGGUUCAGGCCAAAAAGCCGGAAAAGAAGGACGUGAAGUCUGCAGCACGGGUUGCACCACCGAAACCACUCAAUUCUGCAACCGUCGGCCGCGCCAGUGCCCCGGACGCCAAGGCCGAGGCCAAACAGCCGCCGGAAAAGAAGGACGACCAGCAGGCCCAAAAGGCGCCCAAGCCUAAGUCGAAAUACACCAACGUGUACGUGAGGGGCCUGCUCUACAAGGACCCAGACAACAAGCACCUCACACACGCCGGCGCUGGCGUCUACUUUCGCAAGGGCGACAAGAGAAACUGUAGCAUGGACACCGUGAACGAGCUGCGAGACAAGCCAAUUCCAUCUGUCGCAAGCGCCUACGCGGCAUUGUUGGCCAUCAAUGUCGCCAAAUACCAUGGCGUUGAAUAUUUGGACAUUCAUACAAGCUGCAAAAAGUUGAUGAACUGCUCGAUUCGUCUGGCAGCGAAAUUCAAGCCUGACGCGUUGAAUCGGUGCAAGGACGCGAGCGAGAUGGCGGUGGUCAUGGUGGUCGCUGCCGGCAGCGAGCUGGUAUCCCUCCAUUGGACGCUGAUUGAAAAAGAUGCCGAGCCGAAGCGUUAUGUCUACGCCACCAGACUCGCAGAAAAAGCAGCGUUGGAGCACAUUGAAGUCGGUGCUUGAUUGUUUUCUUUAUUUCAUUUUAGGAGCAUUUUCUGGGCAAUUUUUGUUUGUCCACCAUCAAACUAGCUCCCUGUACCUUUCUGAACUGACGUUUAUAUAAUUUCAAAUGAAUUUGAAUGCUUAAUAGUUAAAAGAAUGUCUUAUUUAAUUCCCAAUUUUUAUUUUAUCUUUUGUAUAUGACAAACCUCAAAGUAUAUAACCUUCUGCUUACAAUCACUCUACAUUUAUUAGUUUAAAAACUAGAUACUUCAGAAAUCAAUCAAUAUUAAAUAUUUGUUUCAGCUCUCUAGAAACUUAAAAAUUUGCGAGGAAUGCAAAUAAAAUUGGGGGUUUCUUGUUUCUUAUCAUUUAAUAUUUGGUUGUUUAAAGAGUUAUUUAAUUUCACCCAGAUUCGCUACUUAUU